GAAGUUGUACCAUAACGUUAAAUGUACAACUUUAUUAUGUAUUACAAAGACAAAAAAAAAACACCAAUGCUUUAAAACACUGUAAAUUUAUCCGUUUAUACAUUUUCCCAAUUGUGACACCUAAGUGUCAACGUUCGUCCAUCCGCUUAAAACUACGCAUGCAUAGAAGGUAGACAACAUCGAAACAUAUGUCUCGUCUAUGAGUUCCUGAAGAAUUAGGUUUCUAGAACACGUCGACACCUAAGUGUCAGCGUCUAGGCAAUCCAUAUUAAAUGGGAAAAUUACAUCAUCUAUAAAUUCAAUCGUCUAUAUAUAAAAAAUUAACAGCUCAAGAACUUUGUACGAGUUAUUGAGUUAUGAUUUCUUGAACUUUCAGAUGAUUUUGUUUUUAUUAAGGUUUAAGUAAGUUAUCAAUCAUUUGAACUGAAAUGAUAAAGUAUUAUUAAUUUUUAUUUCAUUCAUAUCAUUAAUAUAAGAAACUAAUGGAAGGUUACAAAUAAAGUGCAAGUCCAAUGAAGGUUCAACAAAGAAAAACAAUAGAGUUACAACCCAACACACAAACCAGCCCAGAAGGAAAGGGCCAAAAACCCUAAAAGAACUAGUCCCGACAUUCAAAGAUACCAAGUUAAAAUCUCACGAUCCUUUCUGUUUGGAUUGACUGGGAUCAACCCGUUCUUCACAAGGAUCGGACAACUGAUAUACUAAUCAAGCCAAUGACGUCUAGUCGACAUUGGUAACCUAUCAUCCAAACUGAUGUUGCACACGCCCAACAUUAAUUUAAGGAAGGGUGUUGAAAAUAUAAAAUAUAAGUACUAUAACGUAAUUGUUGUGAACGUACAUGCUGCAUGGCUAGGGUUUGUACACUAAGCCUACACAUAUGACGUAUGGGUGAUUGUCAGAAGGUAAGUUGAUUAUAAUUGAACUUUAGAAGACCACAAUUUUGUUUUUUUUUUUUUUUAACUAGUCCUGACAUUCAAAGAUACCAAAGUAAUUAAAAUCUCACGGUCGUCGUUUCCGUUUGGAUUUUGAUUGUUUGACAAGGGCAAGCAAGAUUGGGAUUUUGGGGGGAUUGGACUUGGCCAGUCUGAUCAGUCUGCCCAAUUUUUCGUUUGUCUUCUUCGAAGAUGAGAGAAGAACAAAAAUGUCUCUGCAUGGCUUAACUUCCACGUCUCAAUAUGAUCCAUGAAACGGCGGCCGUUAUCCCUUUUUUCGUCCUCAAUCUGGACCUUUUCCUUUGCAUAAUUGUUAUAGUUUGAUUUUCUUAUACAUUGAUAUGUCUUGACCGUGUCUCCAUCUCUCAGCCACCAUUCUCCUUUUAUACAGUCAUAUUUCCUCCCUAUGUUGACAAUAUUGGACUUCAUCUUUUCUCUUUCUCUCUGAAUAUAAGCAAAAAUGGUGUUUUGGGAGGGAUAUGUGAGCGACGAAGCAAUGGGAAUCAUUGCUCCAAUGGUGGUUUAUUGGGUCUAUGCUGGCUUUUACCAGCUCGUGCUGCCGCCGUUGGACGAGUACAGGCUGCACUCGAGGAAGGAAGAAGACGAGAAGAACUUGGUGCCGUUUCAUUGUGUGGUGAAGGGUGUUUUGGUACAGCAGCUACUCCAGGCAACAAUAGGCUUUUCAUUCUUCUUGUUAACCUCAUCCACAACCACAACCCCAGUCCAACAACAACAACAACCAUCCAUCCCACGCCAGCUCGCUCAGACCAUCCUCGCCAUGCUCGUCGUCGACGCAUGGCAGUACUUCGUCCACCGCUACAUGCACCAGAACAAGUUCCUCUACCGUAAGGUCCACUCCCAGCACCACCGCCUGGUGGUGCCCUACGCCGUCGGGACGCUCUACAACCACCCCGUGGAGGCGGUGCUCGACACCGUGGGCAGCGGCGUCGCGUUCGUCCUGUCCGGGAUGACGCCACGGACGGCGGUGUUCUUCUUCAGCUUCCACGUCGUCAAGACCGUGGACGACCACUGCGGGAUGCUGCUGCCGUGGAACUUGGUGCCUAGGGUUUUCUACAACAACGCGGCGUACCACGACGUGCACCACCAGCUGCAAGGGAGCAAGUAUAACUAUUCGCAGGCGUUUUUCUCGAUCUGGGAUAGGGUUUGCGGGACGCAUAUGCCGUAUGUUGUUGUGAAGCGGGAUGGAGGCGGGUUCGAGGCUAGGUUGGUUAGGAAAGUUGGCUAAAAGCUAGCUUAGCUGUGUUGGUAUUUGGAUAUAUGUAUGUGAUCUAUAUAUCGUUGUUCUGUUUUACUUUUUUUUUUUUGGGGGGGGGGGGGGAUUUUUAUUUUGAUAUUAAAUGAAUGUUAUGGUUUGGGUUAGAGAAUUGGGGUCUGGGGGUUCGCUUAUUGGAGAUCAGGGGUAUAGUAACAUACCUCAAACUCCGGUUAAUUCAUGGUCUAAAUAAUAAAAUUCGAUGGGCGCAUUCUUUUAUGAUGUACGUAUUGAAUGGUAAUUUAUGAUUACGAGUUCCUAUAUAAAGCAAAAUAAAAAACAUGUUUAGGGAUGAUGAUAGGUCGAUUCAUUUGAGUAAUUGGGUCCAAUUAUCGUGGCCCAUAGGGUUUUGGGUUGGAUCUAGAUGGACUCAUAUGCAUUCUUAAUAAUUUGGGUUUGGAUUGGGCCCAAUUUGGAUCAAUCCAUUUGUUCGGAGAGCACUGGAUUAGAAUGAGAGGUUCACUGGUCGGGCACAUAUGGCUCUAAUUGGGUCUAUGUUAUUAUACACACACACAAAAAAAGUAUUGAUAAUCUUACUAUUUGCCUUCAACCAAUUCACUUUCAAUGCUGGCAUCUCCACAUUGAUGUAUGUUUCCGAACAAAGAAAAAGGCAAAUAUCCUAUUUAGAGUUGGUUAUGUUUUAGAACAAAGAAAAAGUGACAAGUUUCGCAAUGAACUACUACAACUUUUUCAACUACAUAACUUUUAUGGAUAGCACUUUGUCUUAAUAGAGAUGGGUGUCCUAGCACUGAAUGUCACAGGUCCAUAUUUUGUUGUGAGUGAUUGUAGGAUGUUGCAAUGGAGGGUGACUUCCCUCUGGCAUCAAGGACGAGAACGGAAUGUGAGCAUUGAGACAUUCGGUAAAAUUCUCUAAUUUGAUGGACCAAGCCAAUCCUCCUCUUGAUAAGCAGGUCCUGGAUUUCACAUAAGAAUGAUUUGAAGGUAAGUACACAUGUGAUAGGAAGAGUUUUUUUGUUAAUUUGAUGAUUGAGAUCAAACCAAAAGAAAAGCAUGGGACAUAAAGAACUUGAUGGAGAAUGUGGUUACAAGGUAAUCUCACUAUGCCUAUGUGAGUAGUUGCUGCCUUUUGACCACUAGGCAGAGUUAGAAACACAUUCUUAAUAAACCAAAAAAAAAAAAAACAUUUGAUAUGGUGAGUAUAGCUCUUUGCCUGCAAAAUUAGGGAAACUUGACAAGUAUCUCAUGACAGAAUUAGUUUGAGGAAAGACUGAUGUCGCUAAAAGCGCGUGCAAAGAUAAUUCAGAAAGCGAAACUGACUGGAGUCGCAUUUCUCUAGGGUCCUUUCUCAAGCAUUGGUUUUCCCCUCGAUCGCAUAUCUCGAAUGGACCCUGCCAUGAUCUUUGCCGAUGUUGGGGGAAGCAAAUAUGACGAUCGCAUACUCAUUUUUUUGCUGCUCUUCUUCGAAGACGAGAAGAAGAUGAAUGUGUGUUGACUUCUACGUUUCAAUAUAUAUAUACCAUUAAACCGCGGCCGUUAUACCAUUUGUUUUGUCCUCGAGCGGCUUUCCAUUUGCAUUGUUUUAGUUUCUUAUAUAUUAUAUGCUGAAUAAUAUGCCUUAACCUUU